AUGAUGGGACUGUAUUCCAGCGGCGCGCUGGGUGGCGUCGAGGUGUUGGAUGGUGGUCUGGUGGGUGGAGAGUUGACCGCUCACGUGCUGAAUGCCCAAGCGGCUGCGCAUGCCGCUGCCACAGCCGCGGCCGCUGCCCAUCAGCAGCAACAGCAAAUGGCUGUACAACAGAUCAAAACAUCACCCUCAUCGGGACGCUCAACGCCUGUGACUGCAACGGCAAACAGCACGGCCACAUCAACGGGUACCACAUCGCCGUCGCCCAGCAAACUGUUUGUGGGUGGACUCAGCUGGCAGACGAGCUCUGAAAAGCUUCGAGAGUACUUUGCAAUGUUUGGCCCCGUCUCUGAUGUGCUGAUUAUGAAAGACCCUGUAACACAGCGCUCGCGCGGCUUCGGCUUCAUCACGUUCCAGGAGGCGGCCUCAGUGGACAAGGUGCUCGCCGUUCCCGUUCACACCCUGGACGGGAAGCGCAUCGACCCCAAGCACGCCACGCCCAAGUCGGCGCCGCGCCCCGCCAAGACGAAGAAGAUCUUCGUGGGCGGCGUCGGCCAGGACACGUCGGCCGACGAGGUGCGCGGCUACUUCUCGCAGUUCGGCCUGGUGGAGGACGCCGUGAUGCUGAUGGACCAGCAGACCAAGCGGCACCGCGGCUUCGGCUUCGUCACCUUCCACUCGGAGGAGGCGGUCGAGCGCGUGUGCGACAUCCACUUCCACACGAUCAAGAACAAGAAGGUGGAGUGCAAGCGCGCCCAGCCCAAGGAGGCGGUGGCGGCGGCGCCCCUCGCCCUCGGCAAGCGGCUCGUGCUGAGACCGGGCCGCGGGCUGGUGUACGGCGGCGUGGGCGGCGUGGGCGGCGUGCCGGCCGUGGGCGCCGUGGGCGCGGUGGGAGUGGGCGCGCACGCGUACCGCUACGCGCCCUACGCCCUGCCCGCGCCGGGCACGCUCGUGGCGCCCCCCGCCCCCGCCCCGGCGCCGGCGCUGCCGCAGUUCGGCACCGCGUACUCGCUGGCCGGCGUCGACAUGUCCUCGUUCCAGGGCGUGGACUGGAGCGCCAUGUACGGCCUGCCCAUGUACAUC